CUCGGCCCGCCCUGGGCGGAGCGCCCCCCACUCCCUCACACUCCCGGUGGGUCCGCGCCUGGUCGCGUCCCCCCACGCGCAGCGGUCCCCCGCGUCCGCAGGGGGCGCUGUGGCCUCGCGCGCUUCCCAGAGCGGCGCGGGCCGGAAGUGAGAGAGCUCGGAUCACUUCCGGCACGGAGCGGCGACCUGGGCGGUGGACUCGGCCCGGCGCGGAGUCAGGACCACUUCAGCCCCGCGGGAGCUGCGGCCGCUGUACCACGCCCGGCUGGCGUCUCGGCCUCGCGGAGAGGAGCCGGCCUGCGCGCCCCGCCGCCGCGAUGCCAUUCCUGCACGGCUUCCGCAGGAUCAUCUUCGAGUACCAGCCGCUGGUGGACGCCAUCCUGGGCGCCCUGGGGAUCCAGGACCCCGAGCGGCAGGAGCCCCUGGACGGGCCCAGUUAUGCUGCCAGCGAGGAGAGCCGAAUCCUCGUUCUCACUGAGCUGCUGGAGAAGAAGGCCCCCUCUCCCUUUUACCAGGAAGGCAUAAGCAACGCCCUGCUGAAGAUGGCUGAGCUGGGGCUGACUCGGGCAGCUGAUGUUCUCCUGAGGAAUGGGGCCAAUCUCAACUUUGAAGACCCUGUCACCUACUACACGGCCUUGCACAUCGCCGUUCUCCGAAACCAGCCCGACAUGGUGGAGCUGCUGGUGCGUCACGGGGCUGACAUCAACCGGAGGGACCGGAUCCACGAGAGCAGCCCCCUGGAUCUGGCCAGCGAGGAGCCCGAGCGCCUGCCCUGCCUGCAGCGCCUUCUGGACCUAGGAGCCGAUGUCAACGCAGCCGACAAGCAUGGGAAGACUGCUCUGCUGCAUGCUUUGGCCAGCAGCGACGGGGUGCAGGUCCACAACACCGACAACAUCCGGCUCCUGCUGGAAGGAGGGGCAGAUGUCAAGGCCACCACCAAAGAUGGGGACACUGUGUUCACCUACAUCAUCUUCCUGCUUGGCGAGACCGUGGGUGGGGACAAAGAGGAGGCUCAGAUGAUCAACCAAUUCUGCUUCCAAGUCACACAGCUGCUGCUGGCCCAUGGGGCUGACCCCAGUGAGUGCCCUGCCCAUGAGUCCCUCACGCACAUCUGCCUCAAGAGCUUCAAGUUGCACUUUCCCCUCCUGCGCUUCCUGCUCGAAUCUGGGGCUGCCUACAACUGCUCCCUCCACGGCGCGUCCUGCUGGUCUGGCUUCCACAUCAUCUUUGAGAGGCUCUGUUCCCACCCGGGCUGUGCAGAAGAUGAGAGCCACGUGGACCUUCUGCGCAAAGCCGAGACUGUCCUGGACCUCAUGGUGACCAACUCCCAGAGGCUCCAGCUGCCCCAGAACUUUGAUGUCCACCCAGUGGGCAGCCUGGCAGAAAAGAUCCAGGCCCUGCACUCCUCACUGAGGCAGCUGGAAAGCUACCCCCCGCCCCUCAAACACCUGUGCCGCGUGUACAUCCGGCUCUACCUCCAGCCGUGGCCUGUGGAUGUGAAGGUCAAAGCCCUGCCCCUGCCAGACAGGCUGAAGUGGUACCUCCUCAGUGAGCACAGUGGUACAGAAGAGGAUGACAGCUGACAGGUGCUGGACUAGGGGACAGGGUUUGGACAACCUUAAACCCCCACCUGCUGGUAGACUUGGCACCUGUGGUGACCCCAGGGGAGGGUCCUUUGAUCUGGGAGGUAAGGCUUAACCUUACUAAGCACAAAGCCCAUAGCUGUGACUGCUCUAGUGGUGAGGUAACUGCUCUUGUGGGAGAGGUACGUCUGCCCCUUCUUUCUGGCACCUGCCCCCAGCCCAAGUUUCAGUCUACUCUGGGCAGAAUAGUUGUGUAGAUGGACUGAGUUUCUGCCUCUGCACUGGAGGGGAGCCAGGCAGCACUGAGUCUAGGCAGCCCCUGGAACUGCCAGCGUCUGCUUUGUCCCUGUGUGGAGGCAUAACUAGAACCUUCUAGAGGGAAGCUGUGGCUGCCGCCCAGCUGAGGUCCUACCCAUGCCUCUUCACUCCAGAUCUGUCUCAAGAAGUGCUUUGGGCGAGCUGGGGGAGAAGGCACCAAGGGCCACCACAGGCUGCGCUUCGAGGCCUACCCCUGCUGACUCUUGUGGCUGACACUUGAUGGUCCCCCCCCCCCCCAGGGGCUGGGUUGCCUGUGGCCCUGCUCACCAGGGUACCAGGGCUGUGCUCUACUGUGCCAAACCCAGGGUCUCAGGGACCAUGCCUUCUGCCAAAAGCAAUCAUGAGUGCAAAGCCAGGGAAAAGCCCCUCCCAAGGGUCUGGUUUUGAGUAGCUUGCUGGGAGCCAACCACCAAAACCAGAUGCCACCUGCCCUACCCAGCAUCAAUCCCUCACGGUCACUUCCAGUCAUGUUGUCAUUGUAUAUGCCUUUGGGAAUAAGCUGAGACUGGUGUGGUAUGUUUAUAUUACAAAAUUAAACGGAAA